AUGAACUUUGCGAUUGAGAAGAAGCCUGGUGACUUCCGCCCACAAGGGAUGCGGACCAUCCAGCUGUUCAACUCGGAGGCUCAAGCCAACUACAAGAAGGCGGGUCGGGCUGCAAUGAAGAAUGCUGAAGAGGAUGACAUCAUCCCUAAAGGACAGUGUGGGUCACGAAAGCAGCACCAGUCCAUUGAUCUCGCCCUUUCCAAACGAUUGAUCUGGGACUCGCUCAUCCUGGAACGACGGUCUUCCGGCUGGAUCUCAAACGACGCGAAGUCUUGCUUCGAUCGCAUUGUUCACUGGGUAGCGAAGACGGCCUUGCGGAGAUUCGGCCUGCCGGUCACUGUCACCAACCUAAUGUUUGAUAUCUUGGCAAAGGCUAAACACAGGGUCCGAACUGGCUUUGGCGACUCGGAUCGGACCUUUGGGCCCACGGGCGAUGUUCCCUUCCAGGGCUGCGGUCAAGGCAAUGGCGCAGGCCCGUGCAUCUGGGUUGCAAUCAGUGUCAUCCUCAUUGACGCCAUGGAGGCCGAGGGAUUUGGGUACAAGAGCCAAACUGCCCUCACCAACAAGGAGUUCUUCGCUUUGUGCUUCUGCUUUGUUGAUGACACCGAUGUCAUGGAGUCAAACAACAACGUGGAGACGACUGGCGAAGACCUCCUUCCUUCGGUACAGUCGGCUUUGGACCUUUGGUCGGGUGGCAUCAGUGCCACUGGUGGAGCUAUCAACCCGGCGAAGUCCUUCUGGUGGCUGAUUGAUUUCAAAUGGCGGCCGUCCUCUGGCACCUGGGUGUUUUGCAGGAAGGCUGAAAUGCCUGGCGAACUGACCCUCCAAGACCCUCCUGGGCCGUGGGCGACACUACGACGCCUCCAACCCGAUGAAGCUGAACGGACCCUGGGGGUCAUGAUGGCCCCACUUGAGACCGGAACUGCACAACACCUUGCCCUGCGGGAGAAGGCCAAGAACUG